UCAAAAAAUGUAUACAAAAAUUUGUUUGAGCAAAAUAUUCAACGACAUUUUUUUGAAAGAGUGGAAAAGAAAAAUUUUUUUCUGAAAUAGAAAUAUUCGACAAAUUUUUUUUUUUGAAUUUCCAAAAUUCUUCGCACAAAAAAAUUUUUUUGUUUUUUUAAACCAUUAAAUUUGUUCUAAACGAAAGCAAUAGUCCCAAAAAUGAGUAUUGCAAAAAUAAUUUCACAAAGAAUAGUUUAAAAAACAAAUUGGAAAAACAUUUUUUUUGCCAACCAUAGAAAUUAUUUAUUAUGAAAAAAAUCUUAGAAAGCAACGAAAGUAUUCCAAAAAAACUUAUUUUGUAUAAAAAUUUUGGAAAACUAACUAAAAAAAGAUAUUUGAUAAAAACAAAAAUAUUAUUUGAACACAAUUUCGAAACAAUGUUCACAAUUUUUUUAAGCAACCAUUUUCUAUAUAUAAAAUAAUUUAAAAGUUUUCGGAAAUUCAUUUUUGUUUUUAUAUUCAUAAAAUAACUUCAAAAUUUUCGAAAACUCAUUUUAGAUUAGCACAUUUUAACAUUUUAAAAAAUGUUUUCAAUAGAAAAUACAUUUAAAAAAAUUAUUGAACAAACAAAAGCAAUAAAAAUUAGAUAAAUCUCAUACAAAAUAUUCUAUAGCAGAGAAUGACUAUAAAAUUUUUUUGAAAAAAUAAGCGAAAAAUUCCAAAAACGAGAAUAUUUUUUAAAGAUACAAAAAAACUCAUACAAAAAUUAUAACAUAAUUCUUAAUUUGAAAAUUACAAAAUUAUCAAAAUUUUAAUUUUUUAAUUAUCAAAAUUUUAAUUUUUUAAAUUAUCAAAAAUUAUUUUUUUAAAUUAUCAAAAUUUUAAUAAUUAUAUUAUCAACCAAAAAUUUAAAUUUUAGUUAACUAUACGCACUCAAAUAAAUUAUUGACUGUAAACUACUUUUUAGCUCAUAUGGAAAUUAUUAUUUUAAAAUUCGUAAUUUAUAUAAAUAAUUUACUAUGUAAUUCAUUAAAUUAGCAUUAGUUAUUUCUCUUGUUUGUAAAUUGGUUAAAUUUUUAGCUAACUAAUGCUUAAAUUUAUAUUUGUAAUUUAGAAAUAUUUAUGUUUAUUGUAUUAUAAUUUUAAGUCUACAAAAUUCUCAUUUACUUUCACUCUCUCUAAAUUUUUGUACUCUCAUAUCAUAAAAGUUAAUUUCGAAGUAUCUAAACUUAAGCUGCAUAAUUUAUGUACAUAUGUAUUAACCUAAGCCAAAACAGUUAAGUUUUUCAUUUCCAAAAAAAAAUUAAGAUAUUUGAAAAAUUAACUGUUUUUGGUGCCUAAUAUGUAACUGUUCAUGUAUAUGUAUAAAAAUUACUAUAUAAAAAUAAAAUAAAAAUAAAAUAAAAAAUUAGCAAAAAUUUAAAACAAACGAUAAAACUAGAAUUGUUAUUCCAAAACACAGAAACUUCAAAUUUUAUGAGGAAUGUUUAUAAUCAUUCGAAGGAACAUUAUUAGGCAUCACCCUUUAUAAUAGCGUAAGUAUGCCUUUACAACUUCAAACCUGAAACUAUAGAACACCCCGUACUUGAAAAUUAAUACCAAAAAGCUUGAAACAUUCUUUAAAAGGUUUUUCUGAACGCCUCUGUCAGUUUAAAAAUAAAUUAAAAUUUACUUCAGCAACGAGACAUAUUUUUUAAAGCUUUUAAAAUUAAUAUCACUCUCUUAAAUACUAGUAUACAAAGCUUCAACAAACAAUAUGACUUCUACUAAGAGAUCUGUGCGUCAAUCUCACAAAAAGCCGGUUACCCAUGAAGUUAAGGACGUCGAAUCGGGCAUACCACUACGUACGCUGGAGAGCAUUUACGAUACCAAACAAAUGUUUUUCUCGCAAGAAGAUUUCCAGGGCUGGUAUGAAGAAAUGUGGUCCGCUUCAGACAUUAAACAGAAAUCUAAAAUGCAGUUGUCACGCACAUCGCUGCUACGGUUAGACUAUCUGCAGUUUAAGGCCGCACGUACCAUACAAAAAUACCUACGUCGUUGGUAUUAUCAGCGUAUCUAUCAACGUAAACGUACCGCAGCCAUACGUAUACAAUUUGAGUGGCGCAAAUUCUACAGAAGACAUCAUACAUAUCGUAAGCUAGAGGAGGAAACUCAAGCGGUAGUCGAGCAAUAUUAUUUCCGGCAAGCGCAGAAGAUACAAGCACUGUGGCGAGGUUGGUACACACGUCAAUACAUACACGAUCACAGCCAAUUAUUGAAGUCGCAAGUUUUAACCGCCGAAGAGCUACUGCAGUGUGUGGCCUUCAAGCUACACCAUAUGUUGCGCACCUAUCAAAUACCCGGUGUUUAUUCGUUGAGGAACUCACACUGUCUCUCGAAAGUAGAAAAACUGCUAGCAGCCAUGUCCUUCAAGCAGCAUAAUAAAUAUGUGCGACAACUGCGCGCCAAGCUGGAUAAUCAGACAAAUAUUGCGCGCAAAAAGUUUGAGCAUUCUUCUUACAAUACAUUGGUACCAUAUCCGGGACCUAAUGUACAUGGUUAUUGCGAUCCGAAAUGCGAAAUUUUGGAAAAAUCUAAAGAUGUAGAUCGUCGUAUGUACAACAUCUUAAAUAUGUACGAACAAGCCGCCAAAGCGCAAUUACGUGACAAGCAUCGAGCGGUGAAGAAAAGACACAGGUCCGUCGAACGAAAAGAGAAGAAAACAGCGGCCUCUGCCAAAUCAAAACUAGCACAACGCAAGUCAUCAGUAGUAGAAAAGAAAACCGAUUUCUGUGAGGAUAUUGUAAACAGCAUGAAGCGUUGGAGUAUCUUGAGAGAUAACAAUGUCACUGUAGAUCCGGAUAUCUUUCGACGUCCAGAGAUGUUGGAGAAUUUCUUGCAUGAAAUUGAGUCUAUAUAUAAUAUGAUGCAGGAGCAUUGUCAUUGUAAAAUUAAAAUUCUAGAACAAUUAUGCCAUUAAAAACUUAAAAAGCAGAGAGCAAGGGAGCAGACGCUGUGCCAUGUAGAUGACGAGAACCUUUUGCAGUUGUAAAAAAUAUAAUGCAAGAAUGAAAUCACAAUUUUUUUUUUACUGAAACAAAUGGAAAUUUAUUACUAGCAACAAUCGUAUCGAACGUCAUUUUUUAAGCGUUAAGCUUGUGCGACGUCUGUCCUUUGCAGUGCUUGUCAAUGUUUUUCAUUUUCUUCUUUGUCAAAUGCACUUUCGUAUACCCGUAUAUAUUCGCAGAAUGCUCUGUUAAUAAAACGUUCAUUGCUCAUCUUGUUGACGCGUUGGAAAAUGGAAGGAA